UCAUCCUCCAACCCAAACCAACCUAGCUAAUUACUACAACCUCUCCGCUGCUUCUUCCUGCUCUCCGGCAGCAAAGCUAGCUACCUCCACUUCAUUGAUCAAGCCACACAGUCUUGCUCCUAAAAGAAUGGGCAGCUUGGACACCAACCCAAUGGCCUUCUCCGCCUUGCCCAACGACAAGGCAGCGUUCGAGCCGCUAAACCCCGAAGAUGUCCGCGCAUACCUCCACAAGGCCGUCGACUUCAUCUCCGACUACUACACCAACGUCGAGUCCAUGCCCGUUCUCCCUAACGUGAAGCCGGGAUACCUGCAGGACGAGCUCAGCGCGUCCCCGCCGACCUACUCGGCGCCCUUCGAUGUCACCAUGAAGGAGCUCAGGACAUCCGUCGUCCCUGGCAUGACGCACUGGGCUAGCCCCAACUUCUUCGCCUUUUUCCCCUCCACCAACAGCGCCGCGGCAAUCGCCGGCGACCUCAUCGCCUCCGCCAUGAACACCGUCGGGUUCACGUGGCAGGCCUCUCCCGCGGCCACCGAGAUGGAGGUUCUCGCGCUCGACUGGCUUGCGCAGCUCCUUCGCCUGCCAACCACCUUCAUGAAUCGCACAAGCACUGGCCGCGGCACUGGUGGUGGUGUCAUCCUCGGCACCACGAGCGAAGCAAUGCUCGUCACGCUGGUCGCCGCCCGUGACGCCGCGCUGCGUAGAAGCGGCUCUGUCGGUGUGGCCGACCUGCCGCGCUUGACUGUGUAUGCUGCCGACCAGACCCACUCCACGUUCUUCAAGGCAUGCCGCCUUGCAGGCUUCGACCCCGCCAACAUCCGCUCCAUCCCUACUGGGUCGGAAACCGACUACGGACUCGACCCGACCAAGCUUCUCGAGAUCAUGCAAGCUGAUACCGAUGCCGGUCUCGUGCCAACAUAUGUAUGUGCCACAGUGGGCACAACGUCUUCCAACGCCGUCGACCCGGUGGGUGCCGUCGCUGACGUUGCCGCCCUUUUCAAUGUGUGGGUCCAUGUCGACGCUGCCUACGCUGGCAGUGCGUGCAUCUGCCCGGAGUUCCGCCACCAUCUCGAUGGCGUCGAGCGCGUGGACUCCAUUAGCAUGAGCCCACACAAAUGGCUUCUCACAUGCCUCGAUUGCACCUGUCUCUAUGUCCGCGAUGCUCACCGCCUAAGUGACUCGUUGGAGACCAACCCGGAGUACCUAAAGAAUGAUGCUACAGACUCGGGCGAGGUCACCGAUCUUAAGGACAUGCAGGUCGGCGUCGGUCGGCGGUUCCGUGGGCUCAAGCUCUGGAUGGUCAUGCGCACAUAUGGUACCGCAAAGCUCCAAGAGCACAUCCGUAGCGACGUCGCCAUGGCGAAGAUGUUUGAAGAUUUUGUUCGUGCUGAUGACAGGUUCGAGGUGGUCGUACCAAGGAACUUUGCUCUCGUGUGUUUCAGGAUCAAGGCAACUGGCGCCAUGACAGAGGAGGAUGCCGAUGAGGCCAACCGUGUGCUCAUGGAGAAUCUGAAUAAGACCGGUAAGGCUUAUCUUGCACACACGGUGGUUGGUGAUAGGUUCGUGCUUCGGUUCGCCGUGGGGUCGUCCCUGCAGGAGGAGAGGCAUGUGAGGAGUGCCUGGGACCUCAUCAAGAAGACUACUAGCAGUAUCAUGGAUUAAGUGAAUGGACCUACAGAUGCACAAAGUUCCAGAAGCCACACAAAUCCCUAUAUUUGGGGUAUAAUUAUUAUUUUGUAUUUAUCUUUUUUUUCUAUGAUUCGGAUUAUUAUUACUUUGCACAUUUGGUUCUUAUUCCGUUUUGUGAUCUAUAUCGGCCGAGGAUAUAUGUAUAGGAGGCCGGUACCAAAGAAAUUGAUUAGAUUGUAAGAAUUGCUUAUAUUGCAAGAACAUGAGAUAUUAUUCUUUAUAUUGUACUCUAGUAUAAAUAUAUGGGAGUGACUUAUAGUAGGUGACUGCUUUUUUGUUUUGGAUCA